AUGGCUGCCGCUACUGUCUUUGACUCGACCCUCUUUGGAAACACAUUCGGAACUGAAGAGAUUCGAGAAUGUUUUUCUGAGCGGUCAUAUGUUUCCAAGCUCAUCGAAGCAGAAUGCGCUCUCGCUCGGGCUGAGGAAGACGAGGGAGUUAUUCCCCAAGGCACCGCUAGUGUCAUUCAGAAGCACAGCGAUGUCUCCAAGAUAGACUGGCCGUUGCUGGCACAGAAGGCCGAGAUUGUAGGAUACCCCAUCCUUGGUCUUGUGGAGCAGAUGGCUUCAUGGGUUCCUCACCAAGAGGCUGGAUACAUCCAUUGGGGUGCUACUACACAAGACAUCAUGGACUUGGCCUCUCAACUGCAGAUCAAGGAAGGUCUCGUAAUUGUAGAGCGUCAACUCAACGAGACCAUUAGCAUCCUUGAAUCCAUGACAUCAAAGUACCGCGACACAUCCAUGGCAGGUCGAACACAUCUACAACAUGCUUUGCCAAUUACCUUUGGGUACAAAUGUGGCGUCUGGCUUGCCGGACUACGACGUCACGCCGAACGCCUGCAGCAAAUCAAGGAGCGCUGUCUGCUCGUGCAGUUUGGUGGUGCGGCCGGCACUCUGGCUUCUUUGGGCACAUCAGACAGCGGGAUCCGAGUGCGAAAGAGGCUGGCGGUCAUCUUGGGUCUCCGAGACCCAGUGAUCACUUGGCAUGUUGCCAGAGAUACCAUCGCAGAGGUUGUCAACUUUUUGGCAUUGGUUGGAGGGUCACUCGGAAAGAUUGCCCUCGACUUGAUCAUGAUGUCCUCAAACGAGCUGAACGAGGUUGCCGAGCCAUUCGUUCCUCAUCGAGGAGCAUCCUCAACAAUGCCACAAAAGAGAAACCCAAUCUCAAGCGAGAUAAUCCUAGCCCAGUCCAAGAUCCUCAGAGCACAAGCAGGACUCGUGCUAGACGCCAUGGUAUCAGACUUUGAGCGAGCCUCAGGUCCUUGGCACCUGGAGUGGGCAGCGCUUCCAGUGGCCUUUAUCUCGGCGGUUGGAUCACUCCACCAGGCCAACUUUGCACUCUCCGGUCUGCAGGUUAACCAGGAUGCCAUGAAGGCUAACCUUGAGUCAACAAGGGGCCUCAUUGUCGCUGAAGCAGUCAUGAUGAAGCUGGCUGUGUAUGUGGGCCGGCAAGAGGCCCAUGAGAUUGUCUAUGGGGCUUGUGUGUCAGCGCUGGACAGGAAUACUUCGUUGCUCGAGGCACUAGAGAAGGUGUCGGAAGUCACACAGCAUCUGUCUUCUGAGGAGCUGUCAUCGUUGUGUGACCCGAGCCAGUAUCUCGGUUGUUGCCAGCUGAUGGUGGAUGAGCUGUUGGCUUCGUCCUCUGAGAGUGUCAAGACGAAUGGGAAGGCAAAUGGCAAGACGAACGGUGCGACGAACGGUGUGACGAAUGGGACAACGAAUGGGACGACGAAUGGUAAUCAUUGA